AUGCCGAGUAAGCUACUUUAAUUAGAAGUUUUAAGCGACUAAGAAGAGCGUUUUGCAGCUCGAAGACUAUCUGGGCUUCUGUCUUAGAUGCUCACUAGCAAAAUAUAGCUCUCAUCUAAUAACAUCGACUAUGUUCUCGUCAGUGAACUGUACUCUUAUCUCCUAGAUUAUUGCCAUUAAAUGGGAUUUUUACCUCAUUCAGUCAAACUAAGUGAGAUCAUUGUAUACUAUUCAGAUGUCUCAACACAUUCUAACUAUAGAGAACUUUACAUAUUGCCUAAUGGCUCAUUAUUUAUUAGUGAGUAAUUAGUUUUUUAGUAAUUACUCAAUGAAAUUUUGAAUGUAGGAGGGCUUUCUGGAUUAACAUUUAUUCUUCUACAUGAGAUUUCACAUAUAGCAAAGAAGCAUAUUCGUUAAAAUCUGAGAGAAACUUGCAACUAUGGAGACAUUAGAAAGCAGUUUUUUCUUUUUUAGAGUGAAUACAUUGGCUUUGAUGCUCUAUUUAUGGACUAUUAUUCAAACACAAGGUACAGUCUCAAUCAAGAGUUUGAAGCAGAUCUCUUCGCUCUGAAAAUUAUGAAAGAAAAUGGCUAGUUCAAAGAUUUCAACUCAGAUAUUUACAAGAAAGUGCUUUUAGCAGUGAGUAAGGAAAAUAAAAUCUAAGAUGAUGUCUUGAAAUGCAAAUAAUUGCUAUAACUUAAGCAAAACUACUUGAAACAAAUUGAAGAUAUGUCUAAACAAUCCCCUGUGAAUACUUUUAGCCAGGCAGAUAAAGUUCAUAGUUUGAUUAAAAAUUUACAAGAGAAAAUAAAAGCCCUUAGAUUAAAAUAUUAAAACAAGGAAUAUGAAGAAAAACAGGAAAGGAGAAUUUUAAAAGAAUAACGAGACUAUGAGAUAUAUGAUUAAAUGCCUUAUAAAUACAAUACCAAAUGUUUUAGUUUGAAGGAGAGACAUCCAAUCAGUAAAGUCAGAUUUGAAAACGCUAAUAAAUACAUUUCUAAUGAGCUUAAUAAAUCAGACCAUUAAGAAAAAGCAGCUGAAUCUGAUUUAUUAUCAUUGUAGCUUAAGAACAUUGUAAAUAUUUGGGAAUAGAAAAAUAGCAGAGUCUGGAUAUGGAAAUAUUAGCAGACUAUUAAUUAAAUAUGA